AUGGGACGAGGAGGCAAAGGGGGCAGAGGUGGCGGAGGGGGACAGGGAAAGAAGGGAGGGGGAGGAGCCGGGGCUGGACGAGGCGGAGGUGGAAGCGCUACGCGAAAGUGCCGGGGGUGCGGCAGGCCCCUGCGCGAAUGCAAUUCGCAUCCAUGCGCCACCAAAAUCCUGUCCCGACACACCCCCACCAUGCAUGGACCCCUUUACUUUGACCCCCCGCCUGGGUGGGUGAGCGAGCAGCAAUAUCUACCGGACCCUUAUCAUGGCGGGCACCACCACCAUCAGCAGCUGCACCACCACCACCAGGUCACCACGGAAGAAGUCGAGCUGCCGACCAACCGCUUUGCCGCCCUCCUUCUCGACGAGGGCAACGGAGACCAUUCAGAGGGUGGCGGGGAGGAGGGCCAGGGUCGCCCGCGGCGCCUGACGGCCGACUUCCAGAAGUUCGAGCAGCACAACCGCCUGCGGAUGGACGACGCCAUCCGGCGCGGCCUCCUCUUCGGCAAAGUGCACACGGCCGAGGUGCGCGACCACUCCCCCGCGGGCUUCAUCGUCGACGUCGAAGUCGCCGACGCCGACGCCGCCUUCUCUUCCACCUCAUCGUCUACCACCACCGCCUCGUCGUCGAGCGACGACACCGACGAGGCCGAGAGCGACGGAGCCGCCGCCGCCUCGUCUCAUGCGAUCAAGAUUCGGGGCGUGGUGAAGUGGCACAAGCCCACCAUCGCGUGCUGGCCGUCUGUCGAGGAGAGGGUGCGAGUCGCCGCAAAGCGGGUGCCUGUCGGGUCACGAUUUGGAGUCUACUCAGGCGGCAUCUGCGACUACUCGGGUAUGCCCCAACGUUUGUUUUAUUUUUAUUUUUAA